CUCACUACACACUUACCCCUUGCCUGUUCUCUGAACUUUGAAGCAGCCACAAGCAUUACUAACUGAGAUGCAACAGACUGGAAAUUAAACCGCAAGUAAUACGUCUCUUUCCACACACCGACAAUCAUAGAUGAUCACCAUCUAUUCUGUAAAUCUUGCCGAACAACGGGGAAAAGACGAACAACGAUGUCCUCACUGACUAGAGUACUCUUCAUUCUGUCAUUGUUAAUGAUCACAUUCCACGCAGCAACGGCAGAGACUCUUUGUGGCGGGGAACUAGUGGAUGCUCUGCAGUUCGUGUGUGGAGAGAAAGGUUUUUAUAUCAGCAGGCCAAACCGAACAUACAGCCGCCGUGCUCGCAAUGGAAUAGUUGAACAAUGCUGCUUUCAGAGCUGUAGCCUGAGUCUGCUGCAGCAAUACUGUGCCAGAACUGUGAAGUACGAGCGAGAUCUUUCCUCCACCUCACUGCAGGUCUUCCCAGUGUCACAGGCUCUUCACAAGGAUAUCUCAAGAAUGCCUCUCAGAGUGAAGUAUUCCAAAUAUGAAGUGUGGCAAAGAAAGGCUGCCCAAAGGUUAAGGAGAGGGGUCCCUUCCUUCCUGCUUGCCAGAAAGUUUAGGAGACAGGUGGAGAAAAUCCAAGAUGGGGAGCAAACUAAUUUCCACCGGCCCCUUAUUACCCUUCCCGACAGACAUCCUGCCAUCAUUCCACACAUCCAGAUCAACACUUCCCACAAGUGAUGCCCAACCUUCCAAUGUGGCAACAAACAAAGGAUUAUAGCCAGUUCUUGGUCAGCAGAGGCACUUUUUUCAUGAAUCAUGCCACUCACCAUCAAAACCAGAUUACGAACACUCUGUGUUUUCACCCUUCAAAACGCAAAAAAUUUAACAUUAAAAGUGAAUGUAAAGAGAUGGUCCAUGGACAGCAGAGAUUAAUUCAGUCUUGGUGAAUAUCAUGGGGAUGCCAAGAACUGAUACUUUGGAAGUUGCUAGAACGCCAAUGUAAAAAGCCUGCAAUCUGAAAAAGCAAUUAUGGUUCUGUCUUGCUUGCACCCUAUUUCGAAUGUCAUAUUUUAAGGAAUGAAUUGAUCAAGAUUAGAGUCCUUUACCUGCACCUUUAAAGUGCCACCUCUGUGGCAUGAAAACAGAAGAAAAGUAAGAAGAAAAGAAUGUUGGCUGGCUGUGCAAAGCCAAGGACUGAUGUUAACAGCACUAUUUUUGAUGAACUGCUCAAUAUGAUAGCGUGAUGGUGCUACCUUUGCAAAUGGACUCAAAAGGAGUUUGCUAAAGAGUUUUUCCAUUUUAGGAAAAAAGACUGUAUUCAAAAGACAAUUCAAAAAGACUGGUUGUUUGGUAAUGAUCCCAACCAGGAAAAACUGUUUCCAGGCUUGGCUGUUCAGGAUCCAUCUUCUGUGCCCUGGAAAAUUAAGUGAAGCAUUUGAUAUCAAAUGAGAUAGCGUUGCAAUGGAAGGCAGAAAAUGUCGCAAAAUAUCGAAGCUAAGAAUCAGCAACCAAGUCAUCUUGGACUUUGGGCAAGAGCAGUCUUGCAUGUUUUAAAGUGUCACAUACUUGUACCAUAACAUUCCUGUUUGCAGUUUGAACCUCUGCCAUUUUAUCUUUGCAAUUUGUCGUCACUGCUAUUUAGACAGUAUUUUACAUGUAUACAAGAGAAUGGAACAAUCGUUUUAAAGGGAAAAAUCAGCAAUAACUUCUUGCAUAUUUUCAACGUACACUUGUAGUAUUCCAGAGCUUUUGCUUGAAAAGAAAUACUUGAAUAUGUAUGAAUAGUCUCAUGAGAUGUUGUCAUUGACUCUAUUAUGACCAGUCUUGCAAAUUGAGCCACCAAACAUUUUCUACAAGUAAUGGCACUGUACCAAGGCAUUAUUUAUUUUGACAUGAAACCCAUUCAAAUCAGUCCCAAUGAGAGAUUACAUGCACAACUGGUAGAUUUUUGUACAUGAUCUUUUUUUAGUUGUUCUGCUUAUGUACGUAGAUGCUAUGUACCAAAAAAUUUGAUGUCUCCUUUUUUAAGUAAAGACAAUGGAAGCUUCUAAA